AUGCAAACUAAGAAAAGAAUAGAUGAUGUGGAUUUAUCUAUUGCAAUGUGGUUCUAUGAUGCAUGUAUACCUAUGAAUGCUUGUAACUCUCCAUAUUUUCAACAUAAGAUAGAUAAAAUAACAAGUAUUGGUUAUGGGUACAAAGCACCUAAUUAUCAUGCUCUGAGGGUAAACUUAUUGUCAGAUGCAAAGAAAUCUGUUUCAUUGUUAAUUGAUUCAUACAGAACUCAGUGGAUUGAAAGUGGUUGCACGAUUAUGAGUGAUGGGUGGAGGGAUAUUAGGCAACGCCGUUUGAUUAAUUUCUUGGUUUAUUGUCCUAAAGGGAUAUCAUUUCUUAAAUCUAUUGAUGCAUCUGAUAUAGAGAGCAAUGCAUUGAAUUUGUGUAAUUUGUUUGCUGAGAUUGUUGAGAUGGUAGGACAAAAGAAUGUGGUACAAAUUGUUACUGACAAUGCUGCCAAUUACAAACUUGCUGGUAAUAUGUUAUGUGAAAGAUAUACUUUUAUUACUUGGUCUCCAUGUGCAGCACAUUGUCUUAAUCUUGUAUUAAAUGAUGUUUCAGAAUUGGAUAAUGUGCAAAGUUUGGUCACUCUUUCAUCUAGGGUUACUGUUUUUGUCUAUAACCAUAAAUGGCCCUUGAAUUGGUUAAGAAAAAGAGUUGGUUGGACUGAAAUCAUCCGUCCAGGUGCUACCCGUUUUGGUACCGCUUUUAUUGCAUUGAAAAGUUUGUAUGAUCAUAAAUCCGAUUUACAAGCAAUGGUUAUAUCUACAGAGUUUAAGAAGAUGUUAAAAGUGGGAAAUGCGGUUGAAUGCAAAGAAAUUGUCUUGAACGAAAAUUUUUGA